GGGAAGAGGCUGGUGCCGGGUUCCCGAGCCGCGGUUGGUAGCAAUGGCGAUUUUUAGUGUGUAUGUGGUGAACAAAGCUGGUGGCCUGAUUUACCAGUUGGAUAGCUACGCGCCACGGGCCGAGGCUGAGAAGACUUUCAGUUACCCGCUUGAUCUGCUGCUCAAGCUACACGACGAGCGUGUGCUGGUUGCCUUCGGCCAGCGCGACGGCAUUCGGGUGGGUCAUGCGGUGCUGGCCAUCAAUGGUGUGGACGUGAACGGCAAGUACACGGCCGAUGGGAAAGAGGUGCUGGAGUACCUGGGCAACCCUGCUAAUUACCCGGUGUCCAUUCGAUUCGGCCGGCCCCGCCUGACCUCUAAUGAGAAGCUCAUGCUGGCCUCCAUGUUCCACUCGUUGUUCGCAAUCGGCUCCCAGCUGUCUCCGGAACAGAGCAGCUCAGGCAUUGAGAUGCUGGAGACAGACACAUUCAAACUGCACUGCUUCCAGACACUGACAGGCAUCAAGUUUGUGGUGCUGGCAGAUCCUAGGCAAGCUGGAAUAGAUUCUCUUCUCCGAAAGAUUUAUGAGAUUUAUUCAGACUUUGCCCUCAAGAAUCCAUUCUACUCCCUGGAAAUGCCCAUCAGGUGUGAGCUGUUUGAUCAGAACCUGAAGUUAGCCCUGGAGGUGGCAGAGAAGGCUGGAACUUUUGGACCUGGGUCAUAGGCUGAACCUGCAAAGAACCCCCCAAAUUCUGAGCGAUCCUGCAGCACGGGUCCUGCUGUUUGCACUCUGAUGGAGAUCCCAGCAGCCUUGUUUGUGCACUUGAAAAUGGGAGGAUGCUGGGCCUGAUGACAUGUACUGAUCCCCGAGCCUUAAUACUAUGCUCUCUUCCUUCCUGUGUCUAUCUUGGUCCUACUUCCCAACUCUGUACAGAUUUAUUUAUGGAGGAGGUAGGCCCAUAAAUGCUGUAAUAAACAUUCCUUUGAUCUCA